GGCUCAGAGGAUGUGGUUUUCUUUACUACAUUGCAUAUAGUUUCACAAUGUGUUUUAACAAAGAGUUGGAAUGCCUACAACAUUUAUUGUUCAUUUAACUGUGUUAGCUCAGGAGGAAUUACAUAUAACCUGGCUGCAUAUGUAAUAUGUUAACCUGUGGUAGGGCAAAACAUAGUACAGUUCUGAUUUUCAGGACAUUCUAUAAAAAAACCCAAAAAACUAAGAGAAGCAAGGAGAAGCUGGUAAGCUAGCAUAUUAAAGGUUAUUGAUGACAGUAAAUGUCGAGCUGUGAUCUUCUGAGGGAUUAUGUGGUAAGUAUUUUAGCCAAUGUGUGCAGUCCUGUUAAAAAGCAAAGCUCGGAAUCUUGUUGUGUUCAGUUACACUCUUUGAAACCUGCACAGUUGCCCAUGUCUGGGCCCAUGUGGCUGAUUCCCCAGCAGUGGGUGGCUCUCAAAUUGCGCAGUGUUGUCUGCAGCCUGUUCUCCUAAAGAGUUUGAGACUUGUCUAUGAAGUUAUCUAAGACAUGGUCCUGCAAAGCAUUUAACCCUGUGAAUAGCUGCAUUGUAGUUUAUCAGGUUACACAGACGCUUAAACUCUUUCCUAUGCAAUUGUCUGACUUAUAAGAAAGAAAAAAAUCUCCUUAGGAGAAGGAUAUUGCAAAGCACUAGUUUGCUUGCAAACAGCUGUUUGAACACUUUUCAUAGCUGUACAUAGGAAGUGCAGAACGCUUAUCUUUUCAGCUAUCUAAAAGAAAAGUUAAAUGACUUCACCAAAGCUACUGGAAGAACUUACCUAUAUACUGAACUGUAACUGUGAAGGACACUUAGCCCACCUUCUUUCUUAGGUUAAUGGUUUCUGUAAUAAUUGAGUAUGCUCCAAAUCUGAUUUCUGUUGAUAUAUUUUCAUUAUUGCUUAUAUAGCAUCAGAAAGUCAAGCAAACAGUGAUUUAUCAGUUUGAUCAAUACCUGAUGUUCCUUGAGGUUAAAACAGUUUCAUAGCUUCCCAAUGCAAAAAGAAGAAAUAGGAUACUCAUAUUUUUAAAACUGUAUUUGUGUUAAUUUUCACUAUCAUUAAUUAUGGAAUGUGCCCUUUUUUAUGUUCCACUUCAGUGAUUUUCCUGAGUAAACUCUUACAAACUGCAUAGGUCACUCUGAAAGUGAUACCUCCUAUUUAUUUCCAUGGAAACUACAACAGAUACCAAGAGCACAAUAACCCUAUUUGAUAGAGCAAAUUCUCAGCUACAAAACAUUGUUUUUCAACAGUCACCACUAUUAGCUAUGCAUUUUCACCAGUGAUCAACUAAAGCUGGAUUAUCACAUUUGUAAAAAUCUGCACCAGCAGAGAUGACCCACUGUUUCACAGCUGCUAUGAUGGCAUUGUUGCUAGGGAAAAUGUUGCCCAUGCAGUCCAUCUUUCAUCCAUUUGAACAGGUGGAAAUCAGAAGCUACGAAAUCCAGACUAUACAGUGACUGUUGUAGGUUAGUCCAGUCAAGACUGGCAGUGUGCUCCAUAAAACUGGUAUGGGACCUAACGUUAUCAUGUUGCAAGAAAAGAAUUGAUUUCUUUGUCCUGACUACAGAGGUUUAAGCCUUCAGCUUAGUUAGCAUCACAACACAGCAGUCAAAGGUGAUGGUUUCUUCAGGUUCCAGGAAAUCCAUGAGGAUCACCCCUUUCAUAUCCCAAAAGACAGUGCGCAUCUCUUUACCCACUGGCACUGCAUCUUGAACUUUGAUGGGGAAUCAUAUGUUACUGCAUGGGAACUGAGUCAUGGCCUGAACCGCUGAUUGAGCACCUGGGGAAAGGACUGGUCAGCCCUGGGAGCACAGGUGAAGGCAAUUCAGCUGUGCUACCGGAAGGGGUGGAGCCUGGCUGCACCUCUCUUAGACCUCAUUUAAGGGCUGACUGCUACUGUGGAAGGACUUCUGGGUGGAGAUUCCUCCCUUGUGGUGUUUCCCUUGUGAGCCUAGAUCUUCAGAGAUAGUUAUCCAGGCUUUAGGUGAACAUCUUAAAUUAAGACAGCAAGUUAUUGCCACUGCUACAGUCUACUUCAAGAGAUUCUAUGCCAGAUAUUCCCUAAAAAGUAUAGAUCCAGUAUUAAUGGCUCCUACGUGUGUGUUUUUGGCAUCCAAAGUAGAGGAGUUUGGUGUUGUUUCAAAUACAAGGUUGAUUUCUGCUGCUACUUCUGUGUUGAAAACUAGGUUUUCAUAUGCCUUCCCGAAGGAGUUUCCUUAUAGGAUGAACCAUAUACUAGAAUGUGAAUUCUAUCUCUUAGAAUUAAUGGACUGCUGUUUGAUAGUGUAUCAUCCUUAUAGACCUUUGCUCCAAUAUGUGCAAGAUAUGGGCCAAGAAGACAUGCUGCUACCUCUUGCUUGGAGGAUAGUGAAUGACACAUAUAGAACUGAUCUUUGUCUGCUGUACCCUCCUUUCAUGAUAGCUCUAGCUUGCCUACACGUGGCCUGCGUUGUCCAGCAGAAGGAUGCAAGGCAGUGGUUUGCUGAGCUAUCUGUUGAUAUGGAAAAGAUUUUAGAAAUAAUCAGGGUUAUUCUGAAGCUGUACGAGCAGUGGAAGAACUUUGAUGAGAGGAAGGAGAUGGCUACUAUUCUUAGCAAAAUGCCUAAACCAAAACCACCUCCAAACAGUGAAGGAGAACAGGGUCCAAAUGGUAGCCAGAACUCUAGUUAUAGCCAAUCUUAAGACAUUCCAAAGAAUUUCUUUACGGACCACUUUGACUCAAGACAUCCUGGGAUCUUUCCUGUGUUCAUGAAAUGGACAGAAUUUUUUAAUAACAUCUUUGACAAAGAACUUGAAGAGUAAAUAGCUUGUUUGUGUCAAGCAUUUUGGAAGUUUUUUCUUUAAAACUGCAUCAUUUUCUCUGACGCUGGAGCAAAAGUACUAAGAUUUCUCAGUGUAAGGAAUCAAAUAUUAAACCAAGCUGCAAAAGGGUAAUUCUAUCCACUCAAAACAAAUAGUUCAUUACUGGUUUGGUUUGCUUUGAGAAAAUUGUGGCUUGCCAUUAAAAGUGAUUUUUUUUUUUUUUUUUUUUUUAAGAGUGUUCUUGAAGCCUAAGUGUAACUAUAUUAAUGACCUGUGUUGUCUUCAUUUUGUUUGUGACUGAAGGAGGGUAGUGCACUGUAUGUUAAACCUAUUAAUUACCUAGGGAUUUGGUGAUUUUUAUUAUUUUUUUUUUUUUCCUAUCAUCUGGAUUUUCUAAUAAGUGAAAACAGUCCUUCAGGAGCAAAGCACAGAAGAAUUUGCAAAGAAUGGUGUUAGAGUUUUAAUGAAAACUGCAGGGAAGAAAUUCAGUUCAUUUUUGGGGGUUAGGAAGAUGCUUGUUUUACUCAAUAGAUGUACUUGGAUGUUUUUGCCUUGAAGUCUAGAAGCCCAACUUACCAGAAAAGUGCAAUAUGUAUAGUGAUUCUGCAGUUUUCCUAAGCAUUUCAAGCAUUUGGAAUUUAAAAAACAAAACACCAACAAUUAUUUUUUUUGCAUGUACUGUGUAAGUACAAUUGGAGUAUUUCACAAACAAAUACAAAUCUGGCUAUGAUUGGUUUUUUUAUUUUUUUUUCUUUUGUAUAAAAGAUACACACUGUUAGUCUGCCUUCACUGUUAGUGUGAAUUUGUGUGGCUCAUUGAAGAGGUUAUUUAAGAGGAUCAAGCUUUUGGUGAGCUUCAUACUGGCUAAUUUUAAUUGUGAUCUUAGGAGCAACUCUUUAGAAUAACUGAAAUGGGAUUCCUUGGUUGACUGCGUGCUGGAGAAAAUGAGAUUCCUUCAAAUAGAAGGCCAUAUCCUGUGUUCCUUACUCAGGCAGAUAUCCCACUGAAGUCAGGAAUUGGCCUAAAUCAAAUGUAAUGAUUUUUAGAUAACUUCCUUUCUAAAUAAUUUCUGUACAACUUCAUUUUGAAUAAGAAUGCUGAUUUGCCCAACUAUAAAAAUUGAACAAUAAAACAAAGUGAAGUAC